AUGGAAGUUAGGUUAGCUUCUUUACCUGGGGGAAGGGAUGGUGAGGCUGCCAAGAGAGUCAGAAAUGAGGUAGAAGGACGGAUAGCGAAGGUAUUUCUCUUCUGCUCUGAUAAGACGAUACAAGAAGAAACAUUCAGAUUAGCCCGGGCAAACCUGAGAGUGAACGGUCAUAACUAUGAAGACUUUGUAGAAGCCACCGAACCUUUCGACGAAGUAUUAGACAGGAAGAUCAAAGCUCUCGAUGUGGAGAAAGUUGGAUGGGAUAGUACUAUAGCGGACAGACGGAAGAAGACUCCGGGGUUGAUCAAUCGUUUAGAGGACAAUCUGGAACAACGACGGACAGCGGCGGAAUGGUUACCUGACGAUGAAGUGGAGGAUGACAAAACAAACAAAGUUGGAGACCCGCCCAAACCUCCUCGACACAAGGAGACCAUUCAAACGUUUAAAACUGCCGUCACAAACCUCUCAGAGCUGGCCAUAACGGUCCCUUCUCAGCUGGCGAGAGCUCAACGUGCUCAAGCAGUACGAGAGGAGAUAUCCAGUAUGCCUUCAUAA